AUGAAGGUCGAUGGAGAGAACGGUUCCGUGGUUGCUGAAGUUGAUGCCACUGGGGAGGCAGUUUUGAAAGCCAAGGAAAAUGCAGCGCAGACGUGGCUCAGAGCUGCUUCUUUCAAAGAAAUCCUGGGGUCUGAUUCGAGUCACAAGUCCCUUUUCCUGCUUGUGGCCCAUGAAAAUGGUGAACUAGGUGUGCUUCUUCUCAACAAGUCCCCAUUUUCCGAGAAUACUGAGGAUAUCAGCGCUAUUAUCGGAUCGGCUGAGCUUUCCGAAAUAAUGAAAAAUGAUAUCUAUGGAAGCUACGAUGUGAUGAUUCCAUCAAAUUUGAACGUGGUGAAGUCUACACUAAUAUAUCCAGCUAACGAUAAAGUAAUAGCAAAAUACCGCCAAGAAGAAAAAUUUAUCAUUCACGAAACGCCUGAAGACUAUGAAACGAUCACCGUUGAGUAUAUCAAAAAGUAUCAAAUGGAUCUCAAGGUGAGCUUUAUUGAGAAGCUUUUAUAA